AUGCCACCAAAACCAAGGGCCAGCCGGAAGCUUCCUUCAAGCAAUCGGAUCACUCGAAAGCAAGCCACCAAUUCUAGACCUGAAGAUAACACCGAUGAGCCAGCUGUGGUGGCACUGUCAAAGAAACGGAAAAAUCGACCAGUGGAACCAGAUGAAGGCUCCGAAGAAGCUCUUGAAGAGAUCGAUGUAUCAGGAAAGCGGUCGCGAACACGUCUCUUGGAGCUCCUUGACAAUCACAUCACCAAGAAGAAAGCAAGACAUUCAAAGAAAAAAACAGCAAAAAAACGGCCUCGUUCAGGUGUGGUUGAAAACAAAGAUGUGACUGUUCGAUCUCCAGAAGUUACUUCUGAUACAAUUCCAAGUACCGAAGUCAACUACAACAAAUUUGACAAGCAUGAGCUGGUAGAGAUUUUGCGUGAUGUCGGCAUAGACGCUUCUGGAAUGGAAAAAGAUAGAUUGGUUGAAACUUGCGGAUUUUACAAAGAUCUUAUUGUGCUCCCCACGAGUUUGGUUCAACAAGAGCCCAAGGUGCCAAUCCAGUCAACAUCGCAGAUCAGGGGCAAACAAGCAUCUUUCACUUUCGAAGUAACAUCAAAAGAAGUAGAUAAGGACUUACAAACCGGUUCCAAGAACCUCUCUGAAUCUUCUGUACCAGGUGGAUCAACUGGCGAUAUCAUUGUGGAUGAGCCUUCGGAUACGUUCAUCCCCAGCUUAGAACACGGGCGACUUAGGUACCCUCGGCCCCAACCAACAUCUUUAGAACAAUUAUUGCCGUCAACAUCAAAUAAAGGUAAAGAGAGAGAGCAGGUACACUCUGAUUCGGAGUAUGUUCCUGAAGACGACAAAAUGUCUGAUACUGAAGGCACUGGGACUAAUCGAAAUCAGGAAUCAAAAGAAAAAGGAGGUGUGCCACCUGACGUCAAUUCCGAUGGUGAAACAAGGAAUAAAGAAAGUGGGUUGCGCCUAUGUGUCACAGCAAAAAAUGAGAUUUCUGAUCAGUUCAAUCUCAAACAGCUCCUAGAACGGGAUUCUCAAAAGAACCCAGUACAGAGUCAUGGAGGCAAAUGA